GAUAUUCAUAAAACACAGCAGCAACCGCUUUUGAACACAAUGUCCAUGAACAUAACCUCCCCGUUCUCUCCCCUUCCAAGCUACGUCGUCGGCACAGGCCUGACCUUCAUCGGCCUCCUAGGCUUCGUUCGACCCCUGGCAAUCUACGACCUUUUUGGCAUUGCCCGACCACUGUCAGCUGAAGCCGAAGCAUUCAGCUACGCCAAGUCCGCGCGCGAUCUAGCAACGGGGUUGCUCUUCAUCGGGCUCGAGACGUAUCAGGAGGGAAGCGGGAAUGAGGACGCGGUGACUGCGUUAUUGGCUAUUACUUCACUGGUUGGGGUCAUGGAUUGGUGGAUUCCGUCGUGA